AUGAUUAAUUUCAUAAAGAUAAGUGCCCAUGUCAAUAUCUUUGGCUUUGUGAUAGCCUUUCUUGUCGACAUCAUUGAAGAAUGUGUUGAGGCCAUCUCGACAAUCAUCCGGGGAUUCGAAGAGGUCAUGAAGAAGGGUAGCCACACCCUCAUCUUUGACGGGGUAAUAGGCUUCUUCGUGGAAGUCCUCGAAGCAUGUAACGAGACUAUCGCGAAAGGUAUCCAGAGACUCAAAGAUACCAUGGAGAAUGGUAGCGACGCCAUUGUCUUUGACGGUAUAACCACCUUCCUCGUUAAUUUCAUCGAAAAAUGUGAUGAACCGUUCUCAAAAAGACCAAGAUACCGAUGCCACGAAGUCACCGAGGUCUUCAUCGACAUUGAAACCUUCUCUGUCCUCGUUGGCCAGUAG